GAUUCAGGAGUGAGCAGAAAAGAAACUGAUGACAUCACAAUUCACAGAAGACUGAAAUAACCAACACAAACUGGAGUGCCACAGCCCCAAUGCUGGCUGGCUGAGUCAUGAGUUUCCAAGGGAUUCACAAUGUUUUAUUUGAAAACUGUCUGCCCUCUGAGGCUUCUCCACAUAUCUUUUCAAACUACUAUAUCAUAAAUGUUAAGAAACACCAGUGAGGAAUCUCAAAAUCUUAUGAAACAAAGGAAAGAAUGAGACUGAAAAUAAUAAUUCUAUCAUCAUUGAUUUUAUUGUCUUUAUGUGUCUUGUAUAGGAAGUAUUAUUUCAGCACAAAGAAACUACAGAGGAUACAUGAGUGUUGGUAUCUGAAAACUCAGCCUAAAUUACAACCUUCAGACUGGUUCUAUCCAAUGUCACACAUGAACAUGACUAUGACUACAUGGUCAGCUCCUAUUGUGUGGCAUAACACUUACAAUGAGUCCGUCUUGGAAAAUUACUAUGCAGAACAUAAAAUUACUGUGGGGUUGAUUGUGUUUGCAGUGGGAAGAUAUUUGGAUUACUAUUUGGAAGACUUUCUGACAUCAGCUGAUGAGUAUUUUAUGGUUGGCCAGAGAGUCAUAAUUUAUGUGAUGCUAGAUGACUUCUCCAAGAUGCCCCUGAAAUACCUGGAUCGCUUCCGCACCUUCAAGGUUUUUGAAAUUAAACGAGAGCUGCGAUGGCAAGAUAUCAGUAUGAUGCGCAUGAAGAUCAUCAGCGAACACAUUGUUGACCACAUCCAGUAUGAAGUUGACUUCCUCUUCUGCAUGGAUGUGGAUCAGUUCUUCCAAGACAGUUACGGAUUGGAGACUCUGGGAGAGUCGGUAGCUCAGCUACACGCUUACUGGUAUCGGAAAAAUCCCAGCUCAUUUCCUUAUGAGCGGAAUCAGUCAUCAGAGGCUUACAUACCCAUGGGGAAAGGGGAUUUUUAUUACCAUGCUGCUGUUUUUGGUGGCACUCCCAUACAGGUUCUUGAUAUUACCAGGCAGUGUUUUGAGGGGAUAAUGAAGGACAAAAAGAAGAACAUUGAAGCAAUAUGGCAUGAUGAAAGUCACUUGAACAAAUACUUUUUUCUCCAUAAACCCACGAAACUCUUAUCCCCAGAAUACUGCUGGGAUAGUCAGUUCUCAAAGAAUUCUGAUAUUAAAGUUGUCAAAAUUGGUUGGCAUAUGAAGAGGUAUAAUUUUACUAGAGAGAAACCAUGAUUUUAUAGCUCUUCCUUCUUGUUCCAAAUUUAAGAGCAUUGUUUUGCUCCAUACCAUAGAAAAUUAGCACUUGACAACUUUUAUCAUUAAGAUAUCACUACCAAAAUGGCAAGCCUACCAACAUCAUUUUUGGUCAUGUAACAUGGGAUACAAGAGUUGCAUAAUGAGUUUAUAUAAAUCAUCUAGAGAUUUAAUAAUUUCAUAUUUUGUGUCAACAUUGAAGAAAUAGUAGGUUACAGUGAACAAAAUGGCUUCUGCUACCAGAAGAUGAAGCCAGAAAUAUUUUAAAUGAUCAAAAUUUCUUAUAAUACUUCAGGAAAGGAGUUAUCUGAAGGCAUGGGAAAAGAAGGAUUCUUGCAACCAAACUAAAUAUGCCCUAUCUAUAAAACUUUGAGGAUCUGAAGGCCACCACCAGACGGGCCUACAGUUAUUUAGGAAAACUCGGAGUCAUUAAAAAAGAGCAAUACAAUUUCCAAAUACAAACUGUCUUACAAA